CUGAACAUUCGCUGCAUCGCGCGCACAGGCAAUCUGCUCCCUCUUCCUCUUGGCUAGCCAACCUUCGUGGCCAGGAGCAAAGGCGGGGGCGGCGAGCGAGGAUGCUGGAGAGCCGGGCAGUGAUCGGGGACACGGACAUGCUGCAGGCGAUGCAGCAGGAGGCGCUGCAGCUGGCCGGGAAGGCGCUGGACUACUUCGAGGCCGUCGACUCCACCGAGAUCGCCCGGUUCAUCAAGAAGGAGUUCGACCGGUCGUACGGGCCCGGCUGGCAGUGCAUCGUGGGCACCGACUUCGGGUCCUUCGUGACGCACCACUCCGGCUGCUUCAUCUACUUCGGCAUCGGCAACCUGGCCAUCCUGCUGUUCAACGGCGGCUACGGCGCGGCUCCUCAGGGGGCCGCCGGUGAGAAGGCGCGGCUCACGGCGGCGAAGGCCGCUGUCGAGGCGUGAGGGAAUGUUAUGAUCACUUACUGUGGACUUUGCGGUGUCACUGUACGGCUGUGCCCGCAAGUAGCCCGUGCUUACAAGGGGAUGAUAGUGCAGUGAUCAAACAUGCAAGUCCUCACCUGGUAAAAAUUUUUGUUCUCGCGGCAUGUCUGCUGGGUAAACUAGAAGAAAGCGAUGGCAAAUACGCUGUAGAAAUUCACAUGCAUUUUCAUUUUCGCCAGCGUCUAGUGGGGCUUUUGUCUAA